GUAAUCGAUUAUUAGCUGUCAUCAUGAUAACAAACAUAAAAAUAAAAUAAUAAAAAGCGAAAGACUCUCGUAUUUUAGAUAUAUAAAAUUUGUAAAAAAAAAUAUUCGAGGAUAUAGAGCGAGGAUAACAUCAAGGACUAUAAAUAUCUGAUGGCAUCAUCAUCACCAUCUGUAGCCAGUUCCGAUUCUGAUUCGGAUUCUGAAGCGUUACACGAGUUGUGCAAUAAUGUAAAUUUGGGAUUAGCAAAGGCAAAUAAAAAAAGUUCAUUGUCUGCGAUUACCACAGACGGUUCAACAGAUCAAAUCAACGAAGGAGAAGCUUCUCUUGGUGCAACACCGAAGAAAACUAAGUCGAAAACCGGAGAUAGUAAGAAACCAUUACCGGAGACUCCCAUUAGCCGUCGUGAUCCAAUUCUACAGCGAAAAGACAGCGUGGAAAAGGUCAUACAAGUUAUAGAUUCGAGAACGUUCGCAAAAGCUCCACCGUCAACGACUCAGUGUGCUGAUAGUCUUCCCAAAGACAAGUUAAUUCUAAAUUCCGAAACUUUGCUCAUCUUAAAUUUGCUUGGGAUGCCUAGUAACGUAAGGGAACAGUAUUUGAUUGAUGUGGCUAAGCAACGAAAAUUGUUGCUUACCAAUCCGAAAACAAACACAUUCAACGUGAAUCCGCAGUUGUUCGAUGUCAACAACGUACCACAAGUGGUAGACUUUGUUCAUCAAUUUCACGGAAAACCGAUGGCUCAAGAUUUGGAAAUUCCCGGAAACGUUGCGAGGAAAUCGAAACAGAGAGUUAAGAAGAAAGAAAAGGAAAAGCAACCAGCUCGUACGUUGGUAUUUGACAAUCAAAAACUGAAUAUUGCAGUUACCUCAGAGAUAAACGUUCAAGGAAGUGCUCCACAAGCAGGUUCAUCCAAAGCUGCUAUGAUCUCAUCCGUUUCGCAUCAACCCCGAAAAACCGACAAUGUCCAACCGAAUGAGAAAAUUGGUCAUACGCUGAAGUCUUCCGCUCAGUCAUCAUCAAUGACCCACCUGAAUAAAAUUAUGGAUAAACCCACUAAGAAACCACGCACACUCAGCGCCUGUGAACAAGCAGUUUCCCGUGUGUUACGCCAAGUCGAAGCACAACGGCAAAAUGUUGAUGAGGAGUGUUCGAAACGAGCACAAAAGCAACUGCGAAAGAAAUUGAGAGCAUUGAGUCUGGAGUGCAAGAAACAAGCGAAUGCUGAAAAACCUCCUCGAAAACGUGGCGGUCGCGGAUCAAAAAAAAUGGCUGAUCCAGGGCAGCCACAAAGUGGACAAUCGCAUACUGGGUCAACUGCACCCUUGGUACAGACUGAUGUUGCGGCUAAAAAUCUAAUCCGCAAUAAGUGCUCACAAAUCAACAUCAAAAUUCAAGAAAAGUUAAAUUUAUGCGCAAACAAUUCGGCAAAAGCGGGCCCAUCGACAUCCAAGCACCAAACAGACGAUCUGGUGAUCGAGUCCAUUGUUCGAGGUAGUAAAUCGGACGAAGAUGACAGUGAUUCCAGCUCGGUAUCAUCAGACUCAUCAAAUUUUCCAUAUGAUGAAGAGACAACGUCCUACUUUGCCAAGUCAGACGAGAUGGAGAGUUCGUGUAACGAAAAACGGACCGGGACUUCAGAAUCGGCGAAAAAAUCUGCGUUAAAAGACGAUCUAUCAACGCAGCCAUCAAUCAUGCACACCACAAAGCAAACUGUUUCCGAAACGAAUCAAUUGCCUUUGCAAAAACGCACAGCCAAUUCGAAUGCACCAUCGCUGAUAAAUGACGAAUGUCUCCUGAUCAUGUCACUGCUGACUGCUAAGAACGAAUCAGCCAGAAACAGUUUACUACAGAAAGCGGCUGUUAACUCAAACAUUUUCCUUAAGAAACAAGAAAAGAAAGUUCUGAAUGACCGACUGGUUAAAAUGAAAAAUGUAUUCACAUCACCAGCAAUCGUUAAAUUUAUCGAUGACAAUACACCCAAGAGACGAAAGGAAAAGGAAACCUACGAGAGUGCAGUCAACGAGUUGGUUCGUCGCUACACUGCCGAAGCAGACAUGUUCAAAUACGUUUUGAAUGAAUUGGUUCUGCAGAAUGGCCGGUACGCAUUCAACGAUCCAGUGAAUAGGAAGUCUAUAGACUCAUUCAUUCAAUCCUUGAUUGCUGCAAAUUUGGGAAAAAUUGUUGAAGGAGACGUCAGAGUCAAUGAGUACGAUAACACAGAAGCGUACAUGACCAAUGAUGAAGAUGAUCGUGACAUUUACUUCAGCUCUAUGUUGCUCCGACAGUGUGCACUUCACUGUACUCGGGUCAGAGCUUUCGCAUUUACAGCAGAGGAUCAGUCACCAUAUGCAAGAGAAAGUGUCAAGCGAAUCGUUCGUGGCUUUGUCUUCGAGAUACUGGAUGACCAGUCGAAGAAGCAAAUAGUCGGAAAAUUUGAUAUGAAGAAAGCAGCUUCUAAUGCUCUUGUUAUUAUUCCGGACGACCGACGUCUUCCCCGAUUCAAAAUUGACAAGUCUUCCGAUCCAAUGUUUUCUUUGGGAACAUUCGCUCCAAAGGAAAACACAUUGUACAUGGUCCAGUUGAGGUAUUGGAAGGACAAAAAACCAUACGCAGGCAUCACGGAAGAGAUUGGAAAAUCGGAUGAAUUAGACACAGGAAAUCGAGCAGUUUUAUUGAAAAAUUGUCUGAAACCAUUAGCGUUUUCCGACAAUAUUAUGGCUGCACUGCCCAAACAGCCCUUUGUCAUACCGGAAGCAGAGUACAAUUCCAGGGAAAAUCUUACGAAAGAGUGUAUCUUCACCAUAGAUCCAUUGACUGCAAGAGAUUUGGACGAUGCCGUAUCUUGUAAAAAACUUGAAAAUGGAAAUUAUGAAAUCGGCGUCCACAUCUCUGACGUAAGUUAUUUCAUCAACGAAAAUUCGGAACUUGAUAAUGUCAUCAAGGACCAAGCAACGACAAUUUACUUGGUAAACACUGUCUACCAUAUGCUGCCAAGAGAACUUUGCAUGUUAUGCUCUCUACUACCCGGCCAGGAUAAGCUAACUUUCUCGGUAUUUUGGGAAAUGACACCAGCAGCGCAAAUAGUCAGCACAAGGUUCUCGAAAACAAUAAUCAACUCCUGUUCGCAGUUCGCCUACGAGCAUGCCCAACUCAUGAUUGAGCAACCGGAUCGCGAAUUUGAGGACGGACAAUUGCCAAAAAUCCACAGAUUCACCCAUCGUGAUUUAAGCCAAACGAUCAACAUGCUUAAUUCCAUAGCCACGAUUUUACGGAAAGGUCGUUACGACAAUGGCUGCAUCUCAAUCAAUCAACGAAAAAUAGUUUUUGAUCUCAACGAAAAUGGCGAACCGAUUGCAUUUCGGCCGGAUGAACGAGGCGACAGUAAUUUCCUGAUCGAGGAAUUUAUGCUGUUGGCCAAUCAGUCUGUGGCCAAAUUUAUAUUCGACAAAUUUCCCACCAUUGCCGUGCUACGCAACCAUGCACCACCGAAAGCAAAUAUGAUGACAGAAUUGGUCACGAAGAUGGCUGGGCUCAACCACAAAAUGGAUAUAUCGAGCGCUAAAGCAAUAGCCGAUUCUAUAGCGGCAAUAAUUCGAUUAUCUGGAAACAACGAGGCUGUGUCGACCGUUUUAAAUUCAAUGGUCGCUAAACCAAUGGUUCGAGCAGAAUACAUCUGCAGCGGUCAUAUUAAAAAUAUAACUGCACUGCGACAUUUCGCCCUGUCUAUACCAAUCUACACACAUUUCACCAGUCCUAUUCGACGAUAUCCGGACAUUCUAGUACACCGGCUAUUGGCAGCUGCGUUAAAUCUCGCUCCUAUUCCAACUCGAUCUCAAGACGAGCUGAAGUCCAUUGCAAGAACGUGCAAUGAUCAAAAGUACAACGCAAAAUUGGCAGGAGAGGACAGUACAAAUUUAUAUUUUUUGCACUAUUUACGGCUUUUCGGACCAAUAAAGAUGCGAGCUGCGGUUAAAGAACAGUCUAAAGGCACUGACUUGCACCUGAUGUUAAUCGACAGCGGACAUAAUAUUCGCGUCAAUAUUAAGCACAACGAGCCGGAAAUUAAAUUUUCGGUCGAUGAUGGAAUUCCCCGUAUACAAUUUGUGGGCUGCAAAAAUUUAUCACCAAUUCGAGUGAACAUUUUCGAUGUUGUGCAAGUUGAAGUGAGUGCUAAGGACGAGAAGCUUAAAGCUAAGCUUGUUCCGCCAAAUUAAGGUAUCAAAUAUCACUUUGUUGAUGAGAACUUAAAUUAUUGCAAAUUAUUAGAAUAAAUUUUUAAUAAAUUUGAUACAACCGAA